GACCGGCACGAUCGCCUUGAAGAAGAAACCGACAAAAGACAGAGCCAUCUCAAGAUCGGAGAUCAGCUUAUGGAUUGUGACUCGAUUCUUGCCGGAAUAAAGGAAGCUCACAAGGUGAACCGCUGCGCUUUGGCUGAGGCACAUAAGCAACUGAGGCGAGCCGCCGAGCUUCUCAACCGUCAGAUCCAAUUACUGGAUGGCGCUUCGGCCUGGAUGAUCCCUCUUGGAGAGCUGAACGCCGCCACUGACUUCCGUGAUGACCGCAGAGCCAGCUGCCAAGGAUUACCGGACGUGACACGCGCAGAACUCGAGCGAAUGGGUGUCGCAGAUGUCACAAGUUUGGUGUGCUAUUUACGCGGCCACCUGUAUCCUCUCCAAGAAUCAACGAAUGCGGCAGUUUCUGCGUUAUGCACGGUGGUAGAGGUCUGCAAGAUCAGUUACCUCAACAAACCGUUGAUGCGGCGACAAUGGAGUGCGAUAGAUGCGUCGCUGAUGAACUUGUUGGGGGAGGAAAUCACACCAGAAAAUCGAGAUAACGUGAGGAGGGCGCUUUACCUGAUCCGCCAACGAGACCUACCUUACAGUAUCCACAACGUUCGAUAUGUAAUUCAUGAGAAGUGAAUGUUUUUUUUUUUGUGAAUCGACGACUUACAAUCGAUUCCCCUGCUAUUGGUGUACACAGAAAACCAACACACACGCAUUAACCAACAAAUAGACGAAAACAGCGAAAAUACUCUCACGCACCAAACCUGCUUCCCUUCUCACCGUGUGUAAAAUUUUGAGUGAAGAUGAGGCAUCCGCAAGGUCUGCCGUGCACGCUGUAGAACAAAAGGCAGAUUUGCACUCGCUUGAUUUUUCCAAUGUUUCACUGAGCACAGUUCUUUUUUUUAGCGUUAACGACCAGGCCUUCUUGAUGCAUGUUUUUUCUCUCAUUUCUUUCUUGUGUUCUUCUUGUACUCUUCUACUGCUCUUUUUCGUUCUUUACUCCCUCUUUUUUUUUCUCACUGUAACAAUCGUAUUUCUUUAAAUUCAAAUAAAUGAAAAAUCCAUUUUCACAGAAAUUAAUAGCCUCUUUUUUCUGUUUCGUGCCUUUUCUAAAAAAAGAAAGAUGAACUACUUCAGCAUCAGUUCCGCCGACAGCGACAGCGAGUCGGAGAACAGCUUUCCGAUCGAGGAAGUCGCAGAGGCGCAGAUUAACCCUUACUGGUUUGAGCUGACGGAUGAGGAGGAGCUAGAGGAGCGUCAUGAGGUGAUCCCCAAGAAGGACAAGGCCGCCAACGCGAUUGAAGCGCUCUGCAAGACGUUCGACUACAACGCCGGCAAUGAAUUGUGGAAGGAGGCUUAUGACGCGUUCAAGCGCAUGAGUGAGGAGGUGCACAGCUUUGUGCGCAAGUACAAGGAGGCGCCUCAGGCGUUGCAGGCGUGUCUACAAGACAUGCCGAACCUGUCGGAGCACCUGGAGGGAAAGUCGCGAGAAGACUUUGCCAACAAGGUCGAAUACAGGAGUCUGAAGAGUCUCAUCACCCUUGUCGAGGAGACUGAAAAUCUCUACAAGAAGGAGCUGAAGGCGCUCGAGAAAGGUCCUGAGGAGGAGGGUGAGGCGGCUGAGGGGGAGGAGGAGGGUGCCAAGGAUCUGACCGAGGCCGAUUACGCCAAAAUUCUGGAGGAGAUCUCCGGCUCCCGUGAAGUGAACUUGGUGAGCAAGGUGGAAAAGGUGAUCCGCGACUGCGGCAACAAGGGGUACACGAACCUGGAGGCCUCUGCAACGGGCAUUGCCGUUUCCGCGGUUCUUAAGCGCGACAGCCGCAAGCUGCUGGUGGGCUCGGAUACGUGGGGGCGGGCUUUCAAGUGGGCAGUGAAGUUUUUCCAGCACAUCCUCGAUAACCCGUCGGUCCGCUUCGUGGAAGACUCCUCCUCCGUGACCGCACGCGACAUUGUCGUUCCGGGGGGUCUUCACGGGGUCUUGACGUUCUUGCGCAGCGAGCUGGAGAACAAGUCAAAGUUCGAGGACGUGGUCAGCCAGGAAUACCUGAAGAUUAUUGCCUUUGAAAACGACCUCGCCCUCUUGACUGAUCGUGUGCUGGGCUACUACCUGUCCCACAACAGGAAGGAGCCGUCCAAGGCGUGCAUCGCGAUCCUGCUUGCGACUUUCGGUCAGCGUCGCCAGGAGGCUCACGACCUCUUCUACGCUUCGCUCCCCUCCUCUGAGAAGCUCACGGUGAUCUUGCCCUCUGUCUUCGACACGGUCCGCGCUCUUCGCAAGCUUAGCAUCCAACUGAAGCCCAACCUCUCACUUUCCGUGUCGAGUGCGUGCCACGUUGCUUACCAGUAUGGCCUGUGCGGCCUCUACCGUGAGGGCCGCGACUACCUCCUGCGCACCGGCGUUGCCAACCACGUCACGCCGGCCGUUGCCCCGCUGGCGAUUCUGCUCAACCGCGCGAUUGCCCAGCUUGGCCUCGCCGCCUUCAUUGCGGGCGACAUCCCAACGGCGCACGAGCUGCUGCGCGGCAUGUGGGGAUUGUUGUCGAACGAGAUUCAGCUUGGCCAGAAGGCGCCGCCGAAGUACCAGCUGGACGACGAGCACUCGGAGAUGGAGUACCGCAAUCUCAUGCUCCCCCCACACCUGUACAUGCCGCCCGCGCAGUUAGAGCUGGCAGCCGUCCUCUCCGGGCUUCUCGAUGGCGCCAAGAUGGAGGCGCAGAACCCGUAUGAGCGGAAGCACAUGGAGCGCUACGUUUACAACACUGUCACGCGCACCCCGGUGCUAAUGGGCAAGCCGUUUUCCUUUAAGGAGCAGGUAGCGGUGGCCUACGAGCACCUCAAGGUGGGCAACUACGCUGGUGCCAAGGAGCAGGUGGAAGCGAUGGCGACGUUCGACACCCUCCCCUCCGGAAAGCAGUGCCGUGAGCGCUUCCUGCUUUGCAUGAAGGAGGUUGCCCUUCUCGUUUUCUGCUAUCGCAAUCGCUGCAAUUUUUCCACCAUGUCCGUGUCCAACCUCUCUAUCAAGUUCGACAUGAAUGAGAGCGAAGUGCGCCGGGCAGUAAACGAGAUCCUCGCCGAUCCCAGCUCGCUGAGCGCGUGGUGGGACCGCGACGACGCGUACCUCUACCUGGAUCGCAACAACACCACACGCCUGCAGCACUUGGUGAAGGGAACUGCGGAAGGCAUCUUCAACUUGGCGAAGCACUGCGACAGCCGCAUCCGCCAAACCGCCGGCCGUGGUCGUGGCGGACGCGGUGCCGCUGGCGGACGUGGCGGUGCUGGUGGGCGUGGCAACGUUGGCGGGCGUGGCGGCGCUGGCGGACGUGGCGUCACUGCUCGUGGCCGCGAUGGACGGUAA